GGCGGGGGCGCCGUGUGAUGAGCAGCGAGCGGGGCCUAGCAGCCCAGCCAGCGUCCUGCCGGGGCCGGGGGAGCGGCCGCGCCCGGGUGACUGGUUGAGCGGGCGGCGCCCUGCGCCUGCGGGGCCGCGGCUCCGUCUGCGGGGGGGGGUCCAGACCGGGCGGCGGCCGGAAAGUUUGUUUGUGCGGGGGGCGGCCCGGGCUGGGAUGUGGGGCCCGGCGUUCGCUUCUCCGCCACUUGCCGCUGCGCCGCCGGGGCUGUAGGCGAGGCCGGGCGGGCGCUAACCCCCCCCCCCCCCCCGGUGCGCGGCCAUUGCAGCGCCGGCCGGCCGGCCGAGGAUGAUCACCAACACGCGGGGCUUCCUGUGGUCCGACCUGGAGACGCGGGCGCUGCUGGAGAUCUGGGGCGAGGCCGACGUGCAGUCGGCGCUGGACGGGAACUUUCGGAACAGCCAUGUGUACCGGGACGUGGCCUGCCGCCUGGCCGAGCUGGGCUUCGAGCGCACCCCGGAGCAGUGCCGCAUCCGCAUCAAGGGCCUCAAGCGCCAGUACUACCAGGCCCGGGACGGGCUGAAGAAGAACGGGCACGCCCGCAAGAUUUGCAAGUACUACGACGAGAUGGACCGGAUCCUCAGCUGCCGGGGCGGGCCGGACAGCGCGCCCGAGCCGCUGGCCCAGCCCGCCGACAGCGCCCAGCCCGUCGCCGGGCCGCCCACGCCGGGCACCCCCCACAACAGCCGCGAGCCCGACACCGAGCUGGACGAGGACGCCGAGCUCGAGUCCCCCCACGACCACUUCACCGAGGACUCGGGCGAGUGCUCGUCCUACGCCGAGCACCCCAUCAAGGUGGAGUGCCCCCCGUUCGCCAUCCCCGUGCCGCCCGCCGAGGGCUUUAAACAAAUCAAUGCUCAAACCAGUACACAACCACUCUCUCAACCCAAAAGAUCAAAAAAACGCCAUGCAAAUUUAACACUGGAUAAAAUGAUGGAAAAAUUCCUUCAACAAAGUGUGGAUACAGAAGAGAAAUUUUACAAAUAUGAAGAGCAGCGGCUUAAAAUUGAGGACAAGCGCCGUGAAGCUGAGCAUGCUCGAGAACUCCAGAUGUUACAAAUGUUGGGACAGAUGUUGGCAGGAAUUUCUUCUACAGUAUCACAAAGGUCACAGUCUAUGCCAACUAGUCCUCCUCAGAGAGCAAAUCACCGAUCAUAUGGCGAUAACUUUAAUUAUAAUGCUAUGACAGCAGCACUUUCUCCACCAAUAGUUAUCGAGAGAGCCUUUUCAGUACACAAAACACAUUCUAUAAAGGAUAUGGAGAAUAUUUUUCAAUUGGUGCGCAAUGUUAUUCCUCCUCUAACAGCAAAGAAGCAUAAAGGUCAAGAUGGACGGAUAGGCAUCGUGGGAGGAUGUCAAGAGUACACUGGGGCACCAUAUUUUGCUGCAAUUUCAGCUCUAAAAGUGGGUGCAGACUUAUCCCACGUAUUUUGUACCAAAGAUGCCGCAGCUGUAAUAAAGUCAUAUAGUCCAGAACUGAUUGUUCAUCCAGUGCUUGACAGUCCUAAUGCUGUUCAUGAAGUGGAAAAGUGGUUGCCGCGACUGCAUUCAGUUGUCAUAGGACCUGGUUUAGGUAGAGAUGACGUACUACUUGAGAAUGCUAAGGGUAUUAUAGAAAAAGCCAAGGUCAAAGGAAUUCCGAUUGUCAUUGAUGCUGAUGGAUUGUGGCUCAUUUCCCAACAGCCCUCUCUUAUUCAAGGUUACCAGCGAGCGAUACUUACUCCAAACUAUAUGGAGUUUAGCAGACUUUAUGAAGCUAUGCUUAGAGAUCCUGUGGAUAGCAAUGAUCACCAUGGAUGUGUGUUACGGCUCAGUCAAGCCAUGGGGAAUUUGACAAUUGUUCAGAAAGGAGAAAGAGAUCUUAUUUCAGAUGGAGAAAAAGUACUUGUAUGCAGUCAUGAAGGAAGCAGCCGAAGAUGUGGUGGACAAGGGGACCUUCUUUCAGGUUCUCUUGGAGUCUUGGCACACUGGGCAUUUCUUGCUGGACCAGAAAAAACUAAUGGUCAAAAUCCUUUUCUAGUGGCUGCAUUUGGUGCUUGUUCUCUUACAAGGCAAUGUAACAACCAAGCCUUUCAAAAAUGUGGACGUUCAAUGACUACAUCUGAUAUGGUUUCAGAAGUUGGAACAGCUUUUAACAAACUUUUUGAAACCUGAAGCCAAAGCAGCAGAGUGGAAGGAAAGGAAGAACAAUGGCUACAACAGUAAUUACAUUUACAGUAGAAUAUACAUAAGUAAUGCACCCUUUCAAGUGCUGUAGCAGCAUUGGUAUGCUAGGUAGUUUUUUUUUUUUUUUUUUUU